AUGAUUAUCUUUCUGAUUGUUUUUUCAACACAAGGAAAUUUAGCAUUUGAUUCAAUAAACAAUCAAACAAUUUUUGAUUGCAAUAGAGUACCAAUAUCAUUUUGCUGUACAACGCGAAUGCAGCACGAAUGUACAUCGAAAUGCGCCUUUAUAGAAUGCACGCCAGAUUUUUAUAAACGAAGUACGAAGAAUGAAAAAUAUACAAGAGCACCAACGAUGAAUCGAAAAAUUAGGAAUAAAUUUUUUCUACCACCACCACCAUCUACUGACACGGAGGCUUUGGUCGAUAUUGAAUCAAAAGACUAUGAUUUGGAGUCAAUCACCUCUUCUGAUAGUGAUUACAGAUGUGAUAAUUUUAAUUCAGCAAAAUGUGGAACUGCUCCAUAUUUUACGCCUUGCGUUCCAUCAUUCAUAGCUGAUAAUCGAAUGAGAGAUUGUUGCCGGCAAAAGAAUCUUCCUUUAGGCUGCCAAAAUCUUUGUCGUUAUUCGGUUACUGUGCCAGAAAUCAAAUUAGCAAUGGAUAAAGCACUUUGUGGAAUUUUGCAUGUUGCACCCAUUAUUGAAUGUGCUUCAGCAGGUCACGAUAACACACAGUGUUGUCGAUAUAAAGGCAUUGCUCAGAAGAGUGGUCCUCAAUGUGAAGUAUUUUGUCGUUCUGGGAAUGGACUCUAUGCACUCGGCAUACAACAUCUCGUUUGCAAUAAAGUUAUGGGAGAGCUGAUUUCAUGUCAUCAUGCUGGCUUGAUUGUAUAA